AUGCCAUCUACGGAAUUGGAGUCGUGGAAGAGCCAUUUCCCGGCCGGAGAUCUUUGGGAGUCUGAUAUGGAAACCACCGCCACACUACGGUAUACGGUCAUCGCCGUUAUUCUUGAUAACCCCUUGACAUCGAUUCUCCGGGGAAGGGUUUUGCUAAUGGCCCUCCAGAUCAAAGAAUUGCCGGGUACAUCAAGGGCUAUGUUCGUCGAUUCUGGCAGUACGGACCACCGUGGAACCCCAGAUGCACCCGGUCGCGUGGUUACCGUUAUUGAGCGUUCAUUCUGGGAGUCCUUAUCUGACCCGUCGCCAAUGAAGCAUAUGUACUACAGACUAAACUGGCCUCAGCAACGCGAUCUUGAACAGACCACCGAGGGGUCUCUGGUCUGGGGGGCAGCAUACCACAUCCCAGCUUCACACGCCGAAGAAGUGAGUGCAUACCUGGACGACCGGGAAAUAGAUGGCUAUAGCGUACAUUACACACCCUUCCACCCAUGCUCAAAGAACGAGGUCCACAUAAACUCCUCCCCCCGAGGACCUACAGCUGAGUCAACCACUAGUCCUCAGCCAAUGAAGUGCCUGGUCUACAUUGGUUUGCCGACCAAUACACAGUUUCUUCGCGAACCAGCCCUGCGUGAGCCUGACGCUGUUGCGAAGGUGAUUUACGCAAGCCGAGGCCAAAGUGGAGAGAACAAGGAUUAUCUCUAUUCCCUUGAGACUGCACUCGAGGGCCUUGGUCUGGGCUCUUCGGAUGUUCACGUCACGGAUUUGGUACGGCGGGUAAAGGAUAUGGAGAGAGGCUGA